AUGUCUGUGGCCAUUCUGUCGCUGGUAAUUUACAUUAUGACAAUGUUUCUGGGAUUACCGUCUAAUAUUUUAAUAUUUUACAUUUUCUGCAAGAAAGCUCGAAGCCGGUUGACACCAAACUUAAUUUACAUGAUUAAUAUAUGCAUUUCUGAUUUAGUAUUCAUCAUGUUUUUGCCCAUAAAAAUUAUAGAAACAUUUCAAAGUAGCUGGACUCUUCCUGCAAUACUGUGUCCACUUUACAAUUUUUGCCACUUCAGCACUAUAUAUGCCAGUGCCUUAUUCCUUACUGCUGUAAGUGUUGGACGAUACCUAAGUGUUGCUUUCCCUAUCAAAUACAAGAUUUAUAAGAAGCCAAAAUACUCGUGUCUGAUAUGUGUAGGUUUGUGGGCAAUCGUGUUUGUUCAUGUGUCCUUUGCGUUCCUUGUGGAGACUACACAAAAUAGAACACUUGCACUUUUUCUUACCACAACUACAGACAGCAGAGUAGUCUGCUAUGAAAAUUUCACAGAGGACCAGCUGGCUUUGGUGGUGCCAGUCAGAUUUGAAAUCUCAAUCGUUUUAUUUUGUUUGCCAUUGGCCAUCACUACAUUCUCUUAUAUGUCCUGUAUUCGAAUCCUAAUGAGAUCCUGCAUGCAUACAAAGCACAAGAAGAGAGCCAUCCGUGUUGCCGUGACAACACUCACAGUUUUUAUAAUAUGCUUUGCACCUUACAACAUUUCUCACAUUGUGGGUUUUGCUCUUAAAGUAAAUGUUCGAUGGCGACAAGAGGCCCUGCUAACCAGCACAUGCAAUACCUUUCUGGACCCCCUUAUCUUUUACUUUUUGUCAUCAUCUGUGGACCAAGGCUUUUCUCAGACUUUGAAGACUUUACACAUAAAAUACAGAGCUUCGGUUCUCAAGUUUUCAUCCAUAUUCAAAAAAGAACAGCAAGAGCAUUUAAAAGCACAUCAUUUAAAAACAAUAUCAUCUGGUGUAUAA